AUUGUACAACAUCUGCGCCCAUUAUUCUUGAUGAUAAUGAAGAUUUUCUAGGACCUAGUCGUACGUUAAAAGCUGCUGAAGAUCCUGUUUGGAAAAUUGAAUGUGGAAUGGAAGAAUCUACAUUUCCAUGGAUUUAUCCAACAGGAGACGGUGGAGAAUUAGAUGCAAAAAGACCUAUUCCAUUGAAGCUUCGUGAUUAUUGCAAAUUACGAUUAAUGUGCGCUGAUAAAAGAUGGCAAUCUGAUUCCAUCUGGACAUUUCGAGCAAUGAAUUUAAUCCAAAGAGAUGAUUUAUGCACAGCCGUAAACUAUCAUGCCAAAAAAAAAUUCAACAAAGAUCGUUUAUGCUAUAAUAUAUAUCCCGCGAUUGGAAAGGCUAUUCGAGGUACCGCUGCAUUUUGGUCAGUACCACGAAAACACUUACGUGCUAUGUAUGCAACGGUGUCGAAGCCUAAUAUAUUUCUAAGUGUUAAUUUACAAGAUGAUGUAGAAUUUCUCACGCAUAUUGAUCCAAAACUAUUUGGACAUGUGGAAUCUCCAAAUUAUAAUGCUAUUGAUACCCUUUCAGAUGAUGAUUAUUUGCAGCUCGUCAAUGAACACAGCGCACUUGUAGCGCGUAUGUGUCAUCGACGAAUGCUAGCAUUUGAAAAGUUUAUUAGUGACAAAAAACAUCCAUUCUUUAUUGAUUAUGUUGUUACAAAUUAUUUUUUCAAGAUUGAAUUUCAACGUGGUGGAUUACCUCAUUUACACACUCUGCUUUGGCUUGAUAAUUUUCCAUCGGUUGACAGUGCCGAAGGACGUCAAAAACUUAUUGAAUUCAUCGAUAAAUUUCUUACUACAUCAAUAUCAGACAAAGAAAUAGAUCCUAUAGGUUAUUCACUCGUGAAAAAAAAACAAACACAUUUUCACACAUUUACAUGUACAAAAGGUGUUGCUACUGUUCGUAUUCGACGAGGACGUAAAUUUAAAGAUGAAGAAUCAUCGAAAAUUACUGAAGCUAAUCAUUUGAAAGAUUUUAAUAAAAAUUAUUUAAAUGAAAAUGAAAUAUAUGAGAAAAUAGAUCCAGAUACACAUCGUGAACUUCUAGAAAUAAUAAAAGCAAAAAAGGAAUUUUUUGAACGAUUAAAGUGUCGAUUUGGUAGCCCAUUCGACUUGGCGACUGAAACUCAUUUUCGUACUUACAAAGAAGCACGUAUAUUAACAAGAGGUGAUCGAGAUAUUAUUAUAAAAAGAUUAACUGAAGAGUCGAGACGUAUCAUUCCCUAUAACAUGAAUUUUUUAAAAACUUUUCGUUGUAAUCAUGAUAUUCAAAUAAUUACGGAUGCAUGGGCAUCAGCUGAAUAUUUGUUUUCUUAUGUAGCAAAAAAUGCUCAUAUGGAGAAAAAUCUGGUAUACCAAAUAUCAAAUUGUACUUGUACAAGCUUAAAAGAAGCGAAGAGUAUUCUUUUAAAAACAGGAAAUGCUGUACUAUCUCAUCGUCAAGUUGGUAAAGUUGAAGCAUCAUGGACUGUAUUAGGUAUUCCUCUAUAUCAUUCCUCAAUGAGAUCUAAAAGUUUAUAUAUUUCGUUACCUUGGGACGAAGAAAGAUUACUUAAACGAGGAAGAACGGAAGUAAAUAGUGCAGAUGAUUUUGUUGAAUCACUAACACAUCGAUAUGUGAGAAGACCAUCUACUCCAUCUAUUAUUAAUCAAAUGACUUUGUUUGAAUUUUUAACUUGGUUUGAUUUUGAUCGGUCAUCUUCCGGAAAGAUACCACAAAUCUUGGAAGAACCACUAGUAGAAAAUCCUCUUUGGCGUAAUGGUUUUGAGCAACCACCUCUACUUAAAACAUCAGCUUUACUUCCACGAAUCGUUUUAUCAUGUGGCACAGUGUUAAUUCAACAUAAAGAACCAGCUUGUAUUAGUUUUACCUGCCGUUAUGAUGAUUCAAUGUUAGCUAUCUAUUCAAUUCUCUCCAUUGCAAUACCAUAUCGAGAUCCAGCUGAAGAAUUUCUUGCUGGUAAACAGGAAAAUGAUGUAAAAGCUAUUCAUCAAUUACUAUUAAAAAAUCAAACCACAUUAAUUAAGCAAUUUUCGGCAUUGCCUGGUGCUUAUAAAGUACAAAUGCUUAAUGCACUUGAACAUUUAUGCGAUUUAAAUAGUCAUGAUUUUAUUAUUAAACCCAGAACAUCAUUUAUAUUUACAGGAGAAGAUGACGAAGAUAUAGAAAAUGAAAUCAAUGAAAAUAAUAAUAGAAUCAAUGAUAGAAUUAAUAUUAACUGUGAACCAGAUUUAAAUGUAAAUACUGAAUCAGAAAGCAUCGACGAAAAUGAUGAAGAACAUCUAUCUCAAAAUGAACAUGUUGGAAUUAAUUCAGCAUCUACACGAACUGAACAAUUAUUAAAAUUAGCAAAUGAACAACAACGUUUUUUAACCAAUUUUUUUUAG